GCAAAGACACAGAGCAGAGGAGGGAGGAAAUUCUCCUGAGACGGGCCCAAAGUCUUGGACUAACGUAACCUCCCGAUGUACAUGAGAUAUUUUUCCAGGCUAUUUUCAGCACACAAUCACACCCUCCAUGUUCACUUGAAUUUCCUGUCUGCUCGAGCUCUGUGUGUACAGAGGAAAGCUAUGGCUGGACCCAGGCCCGUGGUUCUUAGCGGCCCGUCCGGGGCAGGGAAGAGCACUCUGCUGAAGAAGCUCAUGAAAGAAUAUGACAGUGUCUUUGGCUUUAGCGUCUCCCAUACAACAAGAAAUCCUCGACCUGGAGAAGAGAAUGGCAAAGGUACUGCUUGUUCCUCUUCUUUCACGAGCACUGUUACAGUAAAUCACCUUUGUAGCUUUCUUUAUCUGUAUUCCCUAUGUCUCCUUUCAGAUUACCAUUAUGUCACACGUGAGGUGAUGCAAAUGGGUAUUGACAAAGGCGAUUUCAUUGAGAAUGCAGAGUUUUCUGGGAACAUGUAUGGGACGAGUAAAGCUGCUGUGCAAGACGUCCAGGCAAAGAACCUCAUCUGUAUACUUGACAUUGACAUGCAGGGUGUGAGGAACAUCAAAACGACGGACCUCAAUCCAAUCUACAUCUCUAUCCAGCCACCCUCCAUGGCUGUCCUGGAAAAACGUUUAAGAGACAGAAAAACCGAGUCAGAGGAGAACCUCCAGAAGCGUUUACGUGCAGCCAUGGUGGACAUGCAGUUUAGUAAAGAACCUGGUGUAUUUGAUGCCGUAAUCGUCAAUGAUAAUUUGGAAGAUGCUUAUGGGCAGUUAAAAAAUGCCCUUCUGGAGGAAAUUACUAAGGUCAAGAAAGUCAACAUGUCUUCGUAAGACACAGCAGCAGUCUGCCUCGUUUGUUUGGUCCCAUCCAGCCACUCCUCACAAAACCACAGACCUCCAUUCCAGUCGUGAACAUUCCCUCAGAUGGUGGUCUAUGAAUACGUACAGUAGGGUUUACCGAAUUAUAUAUUACAUAAUGUAAAGUGGAACAUUUUUUUAACUAUCGGGAAGUGCUUUCCAUGUUUUUAUUUUGAUUUGUAUGAAGAAAAAAUACUCCAAUAAUGCUUACUUGAUGUUCUGUUGGGUUUACUAAACACAGAUACCACUUCCAGCAAUGUUAUAUCCUCCCCACCAACCUGGACUAAACAGAGAGUAUUUUAAGGGUUUGAAAGAGUUUCUGGGUAUCGUGUUGUGAGUUAUGCUACUCUUAUAACUUGAGAGUUUUUUGUGCUGCCAGUCGCACUGUGUUGAUGGGGAAACAGACCCAUUGAAAUGUACUGGAGACACAGACAGUGAGAGUUUGAUGUCAGGACCCUGUGCUAACUCCAUUAAAGUGUGGUCUGCUGGUUAACCAUAUGUGCUCUAGUUGGUAGAGGUAGAAAAUUAUAAUAUAGCUUUUUUAUUUUUUUUUAUAACAGAACAAUUUUACUUUUAGUUUUAAAUUUGUAAUACUUUUAUAUUGUGUAACUAUCAUUUUUUAGCUUAACUUGUCCAGUAAAAUGACAUUCAGUGGACUGUUUUGAUUCCUAGCUAAAGGAGGGGGUUUUAACAUUACAGGACAAUUAAAGUUUUGGCAUGUUUUUAUAUUACAUUGCUUAGAAUCAAGCAUACAAAUCUCCUUUUACUUGAAAACCGAGAAUAUUUAUGACUCAUCUGUAAUUUGUUUAUUUUUUUCUCCAUAACAGUCAAGUUUUUUUUAAUUUUAAAGUGUCCACUUAUACAGUAAUUAAAUGUUACAUCAUACUCUCUGAGAUGCAUGCAGUUCUCUGGCUUUCCAUUAACACUUAACCAGCUCUGUUAAUAAUGUGCAUGUUGUGAAAAAAAUGAAGUCCAUUAAACGUCCAGCAGGAACACUGUCUGUUAAAACUUAAUAAGUUACACUAAAAUACUGAAAGAAUUAUUUGUAUGUGUGCUAUAAAUAACAACUGUGAAAGAAACUGGCCAUAGUUAUUAUUUGCAGUACAUUUAUUUAAUUCAGAUUAAACACAGAGUACUCAAACAUCUUUCCCCUAACUACACAUGUACAGUACAAGCAAUUACAAUCUGUUAAUGCCUAAAUGUUAAUAAAUAACAUGAUCCUUGUAA